AUGCUACGCACUCUGCAGGUCCUUGACCCCCAGUCGGCUCUUCUCACAACGAGCGAGGUGCACCGAUUCCUUGCCAACAACCCUCCUCGGCAACCUUCCAAGAAGAUAGGAUCGUACAAGCCCGUGAAUCUGAAGAAUUACCAGAGUGUGCGAGAAGAUUUCCAACACUAUGUCACCACAACGGUUCCCUACAUCGAAGACUUUCCUCCACCAGAAAACUUCGUCAAGGCGGUAGUCCCCAAAUUGCGCGCAUUUGGCCUGACUAAAACCGAAGUAUUCAUGCUCAUAAACCUUGGAGUGGGCCUUCCUCGGAAUCAGAUUUCACGGCCUGGCGCAGACGCAGAGAACGGCGAAGCUGCUGAGGCCGAUGAAGAGGAUGCCGCCGAUGAAGUACAAGAACCCGAUGACCGGCAACUCUUGUCAAUCGUGAUAGAAGAACUAGAAGACAGAUUCCCGGGUGAGGAGGGCGAAGCCAAGGUUGAAAAGAUAUUAGAGACAAUGCGGACUGAAUUCGAUCGCGCCCAGGCCGUUGCAAGUGAAAAGGCAAAUGCGAACGCAAAGAACGGAACCGAAGCUGCUUGA